CUACGCUCGGCUCUUCCUUUCACCCCUUCUCUCUCUUCGCUUGGUCACGGGGGAUCCGUCCGCUUCACGAACUUCGCCUUGCCACCGCUUGCGCAUGGUUUUAUGCCCCCUUCGUUCGCUAUUUCUGUUUUCCGAAGUUGUUCUCUUGGUGUUGUUCCUGUGACUAUACACGCAAGUCCUGCCUGCGGUGCUUUUCGCCGUGUACGCGAGUGGUUGUCGGCUCGACCCGAGAGGCUGACUGGAAUGGUAAAUGCCUCCUGUACGGCGUAUCGCAGCUGGAUCCGGCGAUGA